UCGUCUCGGCGAGGCAGUAGCACGAAUCCGACCAAAGGUCUGUGUGCGUGUGUGUGUGAGAGCGACCCGUACCGACGGUGGGCGUCUCCGGUCAGCCCGGCCCGGCCCGGUCCGGGCCCGGCUUAGGCCACCUGUAUGGCUCUACCCCUGCAUCCUCCGUUGGUCUCAACAACGCACCCCUCACACACCGUCGUCCUCGCCAACGCCAGCGCCUCCAUUCUCCCACUCCUUCCAUUCCACACAGCCACGCUCGCCGCCUCGCAGGAGCUCGCGGCUCGUAGUCGCCUCGUCAUCCCGCUGCUCCCCGCCGUAGGACUGUGGGCUGGCGAGGCGUGGCGUGCAGUGGAGAUCCAUCCCAGCCGUGAGAUUGGCCUCUCUUCUUGCUUUCUGGGUGAGGAUUUUCGGCAUCCAUGUGCAUCCUCAUCUAUUAGCUUGAAAAAGCAUAUCUGUGAAUACUAAGACACAAGUUGUCUUGAAAUUUUUGGUCUGGCUAAAGCCAAUUUUAUAUCCGCCAACUUUUGCAAUGAAUUAUCUUGAAAUCAAGAACGGAGAAGAAUAUCUGAUGGAUCCUAUUGAAAUCAAGGAUAAUGAAGGGAGUCCUGUAGAGAUGCUUGUUGAGCAGCCACAUUUUCUAGAGCCCAUAUGUCCAGAUGAAGUCAAUGAAGAUACACGAGUAUACCCUCGUGUGGGGGAUGAAUACCAGGUGGAAGUUCCAAAUCUAUUAACAGAAGAGGAACGCAUGAAAUUAAGGUCUUUGCCAGUUGAUGGUAGCAGAAUGUUUGGUUUUGAGUAUCCUGUAGUAGUUGGAUUAACUAUUCCAGUCACAUGGACCCCAAAUACAAGCACUCUUGUGAAAGGAGAGCGCAGGGAAUUUUCAGGACACACUUUGUGUGCUUCAGAAGAUGAUCAUAACAGCCACAUCACUGCAAUUAUCCCAAGAACUUUACCUCAGCACAGCGUUUAUCCAGAGUGUCUGUGCAGUAAAGUUGAACAUGAUGAUCAUGGUGAGAAAUUCUCAAAAUAUGCUGGGCAAGAUAUGUACUGCUUGCCGAAAAGUGAAGUCUUAAGCUGUUCUUGUGCAAAGAGGGAAGUCACUGAUUAUAGUCCAUUGCCUGGAAUGCCAAGAUACUUCUGGUCUGUUGAAGAGGAACAGAUUUUUCUUCUUGGUCUCUACAUUUUUGGCAAAAAUCUUGUUCAGGUGACAAAAUUUAUAAAGAGCAAGACCAUGGGAGAGGUUCUAUCAUACUACUAUGGAGAAUUUUUUAAGUCUGAUGCAUAUAAACGAUGGUCUGCAUGUAGAAAAGUAAGAAGCAGGAGAUGUAUACUUGGGUUACGUAUAUUUUCUGGUUCCAGACAGCAGGAACUGUUGUCGCGUUUGCUUGCUGGCGUAGCAAGGGAAGUUCAAGAUCCUUUGCUCGAGGUCUUCAAGACAUUCAAUGAGGGGACAUCUGAUUUUGAGCAGUUUAUUUUAUGCUUAAGGUCCACUGUUGGUGCACAGGUUCUUAUAGAAGCAGUUGGAAUUGGCAAGGGAAAGUAUGACUUGACUGGAUUUGCAUUAGAUCCUAGUAGAAAACAUGCUAUUCCAUCCCGUGCAGAAAUACCUAUUGGCAAGGCUUGCUCAUCGCUUUCUUCUGGAGAAAUCAUAAAAUAUUUGACUGGUGAUUUCAGACUAAGCAAGGCGAAAUCUAAUGAUCUAUUUUGGGAAGCUGUCUGGCCUCGCUUACUUGCGAGAGGGUGGCACUCCCAGCAGCCUAAAGAUUCCUUAUUAGUCGGUAAGCAUGCCUUGGUCUUCCUCAUCCCAGGUGUAAAGAAAUUUUCCAGAAAGAAACUCGUCAAAGGAAAUCAUUACUUCGAUUCUGUUAGCGAUGUCUUGAGAAAAGUUGCAUCUGAUCCGAGGCUGCUUGAGUUCGGAGUUGAAGGUGGUAAUAAUGGAGGUGACAGUAAGCUUGCAAUUGGAUGGAUCAAUGAUGUUGAACCUGACAAAAGCACACUUGUUGACAAGAAAUCUGCUUCCUAUAUCCGGCCCAGUGAACCAGGGUGUUCCCCCGAGCUUAUGAAAUUUACGGUGGUGGACACUAGUUUGGUUCAAGGGGAAGAACCAUGUAAGGUAAGGUCACUAAGAAAUCUACCUACAGAUGCCGGUCAUGGCUACAGUUCUUCACCGCAUUCAGGUGAUUCUGUCAGUGUGAAUUCAGAAGAACACUCAGAUUCAGAAGACAGUUCUGAACCUUAUGAAGAUCUGGAUACCAAUCAGAGGAAAACUGAUGCAAGCUGUGCUAGCAAGGAGAGAAAAAGCAUUCCCCAAGCUGCUGAUAAGAUGGAUGCUGAUGUAAUGCAUAAGAUUUCUUCCUUUCCAGGCAGAUUCAAUGGUCACAUUUCAGUUGAUCAAUGUGUUGGCACAAUGAAUAAUGUCUGCUCUUCAACUGCAACAGUUCUUCCUGUUGGUAAUCAGAGGGCACAUGCUACUAAUUCUUCAACUGAAAUUAAUUUUCAGUUUGAUCCAAGAGUAAAUCCUGAACCUCAAGUUUUCUUAGCACCUAUGCCAAAGAGAAGAAGGUUAGUUUCUUCCAAGAAUGAAAGAACUGGUCGCAAAGCUACUGCUGCCAAUAAAAGACAUUAUGGAAAGCAAGCUGACACCCCAGUGCAACCUGUGCCUAAAGCAAACGAAGCAAGUGCAGGGACCAACCCUUUUGUAUGGAACACAAUUUCAAGCUCAUCAACCAACAUAACCUUUGGCGCUGAUAGCAAUCACACAUAUUGCGGACAGCUUCACAAUGUGCCCCCUAAUGUUGAAGUGGUUUACAAGGAAAAAGCCCAACGUAAGCAUGUUAUUGAUCUGAAUAUCCCUCAAAUGCCUUCUGAUUAUGAGUCGACUACAAGUUAUAUCCAACCUCCAUCUGAUAAUAGGGCUCUAAUCAUGGACAUACCUAUGCAUCCCUCAGAAACCAAGGAGGCAGACGACUGCCUUCCAGAUAUCAAUACCUCUAGUAAUGCAAUCUUGAGCGAGGAGCUUUCCUUCAACUCGAGGAGGCAGAGUACCAGAAGCCGCCCGCUAACAUCCCGAGCUCUGGAAGCUCUUGCAUGUGGCUUUAUGGGGAAGCAGAAAGGUGGGGAGGGAAAUUUCCCAUCUUCUAGCAGGAGCAGCAGACCUGUCCGACGACCACGAAGAUCAACUGAUGUUGCAGUUCCAUUUCCUUCUGAUGGCGUCGGGAGUGGUUCUCAUUUUACUGACCAAGCCAUCACAAUCAAUGAAUGGCGCAUGAGUAAUAAUCAGUAUCAAAUACUUCACAGCGCCCCCUCAAAUAACUCCAAUGAAAAAGGGACUCUUGAGUUGUUUGGGGCAGACAACUCUACCGAUAAAGGAACUCGUGAGAUUGUCUGGCAUUCUGUAGAUGGCAUGAAAACGAGUAAUGAGCUACAUGCGCAGCAAUUGCAGUGAAUUAUUCAACCUUCACAGAAUGGAUUUGUUGCUGGUUAAGAGAAUUUCAUGAUCUUGUGGUCAGAAAGCAAAAGAUCACAGAUGCCAAUCUGUCAAAUUUCUGUUUUGGGUUGGGAAACGAAUGGAGAAAGCUUAUACAGAUAAUUGUGAAUUUCAGCUAUAGUUCUGUGCAUUUCCGGAUGUUUGGGCUUGAUUCUUGUCAAAAACAUAUGAUCCUGAACUAACAUGUGAUGGAUGUUUGCUGCCAUUCCUUUUGAUACCAGAAGUGAAGAAAAGAGGAAGAAAGCGGCGAGUGCAAGAAUCAUGCCCUCGUUGUUAGGAAGCCAUCUCAUGAAGCUUUUACUUGGUUUUAUUUGUGGAGAUUUUUCUGCUGAGUUAUACUUGUACUCUUUACCUUUCUUUUUGCCUGUAUUAUGUGGAAUUUCUAGAAAAUUGCGUAAUGGUGUGCCCAUAUAAGAACCAUAGUAUAACUGAAUUUUGAA